GGUGGAGGUGGGAGUGGCAAGAAAGGAAAGAGGGGUUUUGGGUCCCUUUUUGAAAAGCGCUCCCCUGCCAAGAUGAGUGAACUGGAGAGCUCAGAGUCGGGAGUGAUUGUGAGAAUGGCAAAAGAGACAUGUGCCGAGGGUCUUGUUGUGAGCGGAGGAGGGAAGGAGGGCAUCUUCAUUAAGGAAGUGAGGCCAGAGUCCCCAGCCUCAAAGCUUCUUAGUGUACAUGAGGGUGAUCAGAUACUCAGUGCCACAGUGUAUUUUGACGAUGUUAAAUAUGAAGAUGCCCUUCAGAUAUUGGAACAUGCACAGCCUUACAAGAUGGAGUUACUUCUGAAACGCAAACCAAUAAAGAUAUCCACCCUUGAGAGUGAACCAGCCCUUGAAUCCCAAGUGGAACAAGGUUCCUCUCUGGAAAUGAGGGGACAUUCAAAGACAAAAAGGCACGGUGACCGAAUCUCUUGGCCCAACUUCCCCUCCUUUAGCAAAAGUCAAAAGUCCCAUUUUAAGAGGUCUCACAGUACCGCAGAUGCAGAUGAUCAGAGGAAGCUGGAGCUGAGCCCAACAACAAGUGACACAGAGUCGCCAAUCAAAUCUCAGGAGGCUGUCAAGGGCAGGACAAAGAAGCAGAAGAUAAAGUUGUCAAGUCUAAAGAUGAAGGGCCGCAAGAGCAGGUCUGUUGAACAGUCGGGCCAGGACACAGACAUACUAACUGUAGAAUGUGCGCAAGUUAUGGAAAUCCAACAGAGUCAAGAUGACAUAUACUCACCAGAUGGUCUAGAGAGCACAUCAGGAGAAACACCUCAAGUAUAUGUGUUUGAAUCAGAAUCAGAAAAAAUGGAAUCCACCAAGAUAAAAAAUGAAUGCUCUCUUCCGGACCUGACAGGCUCGGAAAACAAACAGCACAAGGUAGAACUCAUCAGACUGGACAAAACUUUGAAAACCACAGACAUAACAGUUGCUUUUGCUGAUCAAGAGAGUCCCUUAACCAAGACAUCUCUGGAGGAAAAGAAAAAGAAGAAAGAGAAGAAAGAGAGGUCAGAACUAAAGUUUAGGAUCAAGGGAAAGGAGACAAAAGACAAACACAAGCAAGAAAAACAUGUAAAAUCAUCCCCAAAAAGCAUGAAGAUACCAGGAGCAGAUAUCAUAACAUCUGAUCUGUCUGCACAUGACAAUACCUUGCUGAUUCCAACUAUAGUAUCACAUACUAAGCUGAUGGAGCGUCAACUCCCAAUUGACAUGUCAGAUGUAGGACUUAUCAGGAAAUCCCCUCAGAUUGGACAAGAACGAGACUUGAAAGAAACAUAUGUUAAAACAAAUUUAAAUGCACAGGAAAUGCAUGCUAAGGUCACCAGUAUUACAAUGGAACCUGACUUGCAGAUGGAAAUACAAGCUUUAAAGUUACCUACAGAGACAAGCAUUGAUGACGUUUUAGUACAAAUUGGUACAAGGACUGCUACCAAGUUCAAGCUGCCAAGGGAGGACCUUGCUGACUUUGUUACUGCUGAACCUAUACAAAUGACAGACGUGAGGAUUGUAAAAAUGGAUGUGAAAAGCCUUAAAGUUGAGGAUAGGGGGUUGAAGAUACUUCCAAACCGUGAUGAUAUUGAGAUCCCCGGCAUGGAAGAUGCAUCAUCAACUGGCACCAAAACCCCAGUGAUCAAACAGCCUAAAACAGCAUUCACUCUUCCUGUUGAAGAAAUUCAGGCGCAGACUGUUCAGAUGGUUAUAGACGUUGACAGAGUUAAAGAGGCUGUCUCCAAAUUGCCAGGGUUCAAGCUGCCGAAGGGUGACACCGUAGGACUGCCUGCUCAUCAAGAAAUCACAAAGACACAUGUGAAUGCAGAAAGAGUAAAUGUGACAGUAGAAAACACCCUGUCUAAAAUCACAGACAUAAAGGCACAGUUGGACACGUAUGUCAAAAAGACUGACAUAAAUGCUUCACCUGAGAAGUUGAGCAGGAGCUCAGUUACCACAAUCAAAUUGCCAAAGAACCAACUUUCUGAUCUAGGUGCUCAUGAACCUAUUACUAUGACAGAAAUAUACCAUAAAGAAAGAAAAGAGGAAGCUGGAAGGACCAAUGAGGUUGAAAUCCAAAUUGAACUCCAUAAACGAGAGAACGUGGAGAUACCUGGAAUGGAAAAUAUACAUCAAAAAGGAUCUCCCAACCAAGUGGAUAGGGGAAAAGAGUUGGCAGUACCAGUACCUGAGUGGCCAACCAUCAAAGCCGAGGAGACAAAUGUAAUUCCUUACACUAAAGGAUUAGAUAAGAAGUCAAAGAAAGCAAAGAUGUCAAUGCCUGCUCCAAAUGUCGCCGUAGAUGUACCUGAUGUGGAAAAGGACAUUAAGGUUCAAGGAACUGAAAUACCAGAACCCAAACUGACAAUGGCAGAAAUUAACAUUGAAAAGCCAAGGGUUGAUAUUAAAGGUCCAAAUAAAGAUGUGGAGGUCAAUCUUAAAAAACUUGAAAUGUUCACUUUAACAGAAGUCAAAGUGCAGGUCCAACCACCUAGCGUUGAACUCAAAGUGCCUUCUGGUGAAGUUGAAAUACCUGAGGGAGCGGCUAAGGAAAUUGAUGGAAAAAUAAAAAAGCCACAGAUGUCAUUUGGAUGGUUUUCAAAACCAGAAGUGAAAGCACCCGAGGUUGAUAUCAGUCUUACAAACGUGGAUAUUUCGCUUCCAGAAGGAAAGGUGGAGGUCGAAGAUCCAGAUGUGAAAAUGAAAUCUCCAGAAGUUCAAAUUAAAAUGAAACAUGAUAUUGAGCUUGAGGGACAAGGAAGUCAAUUUAAAAUACCAAAAUCUGGACUCUCAAUGUCGAGGGUUAAAGGUCCUGAAAUUGGCUUAAGUCUGUCAAAGAUAGAUGUAGAUGUCGACUUACCAGAGGGAAGAGCAGACCUCCAACAACCUGAUGUGGAAGUCGGAGUGCCCUCUGUUGAAGUUGAAAUACCAGAAGCAGGUUCUAAAGAUAUUGAUGUGAAAAUGAGAAAGCCAAGAAUGUCAUUCCCCAUAUUUGGAUUUUCAAACCCUGAAUUGAAAGCACCAGAGGCUGAUAUCAGUCUUCCAGAGGUGGAUAUUUCUCUUCCAGAGGGAAAGAUGGAGGUCAAAGAGCCAGAGGUGGAAAUGAAAACUCCAGAGAUUCAAAUUGAUGUGAAAGAUACCGUAGGCUCCCCCUCAAGAUUCAAAAUGCCAACUUUAAAAUUCCCUAAAUUUGGAGCAGCUUCUCCAAAUGUCACAAUAGAGGUACCUGAUUUGGACAAGGACAUCAAGGUUCAUGGAACUGAAAUACCUGAACCCAAGCUGACAAUAUCAGCAUUUAACAUCGAAAAGCCAAGUGUUGACCUUAAAGGUCCAUCUAUAGAUGUCAAUCGUAAAAAAAAUGAAAAUGUCACUUUACCAGAGGUCAAAAUGAACGUCCAACCACCAAGCAUUGAACUCAAAGUGCCUUCUGGUGAAGUUGAAAUGCCUGAGGGAGCUGCUACAGAAAUGGAUGUAAAAAUGAAAAAGCCCAGGAUGUCAUUUGGAUGGUUUUCAAAACCAGAAGCGAAAGCACCCGAGGUUGAUGUCAGUCUUACAAACGUGGAUUUUUCGCUUCCAGACGGAAAGGUGGAGGUCAAAGAGCCAGACGUGGAAAUGAAAUCUCCAGAUGUUCAAAUUGAAAUGAAACAUGAUAUUGAGCUUGAGGGACAAGGAAGUACAUUUAAAUUACCAAAAUUUGGACUCUCAUUGCCAAGAGUUAAAGGUCCUGAAAUUGGCUUAAGUCUGUCAAAGACAGAUGUAGAUGUCGACUUACCAGAGGGAAGAGCAGACCUCCAACUACCUGAUGUGGAAGUCGGAGUGCCCUCUGUUGAAGUUGAAAUACCAGAAGCAGGUUCUAAAGAUAUUGAUGUGAAAAUGAGAAAGCCAAGAAUGUCAUUCCCCAAAUUUGGAUUUUCAAAACCUGAAGUGAAAGCACCAGAGGUUGAUAUCAGUCUUCCAGAGGUGGAUAUUUCUCUUCCUGAGGGAAAGGUGGAGGUCAAAGAGCCAGAGGUGGAAAUGAAACCUCCAGAGAUUCAAGUUGAUGUGAAAGAUACCGUAGGCUCCCCCUCAAGAUUCAAAAUGCCAACUUUAAAAUUCCCUAAAUUUGGAGCAGCUUCUCCAAAUGUCACAAUAGAGGUACCUGAUUUGGACAAGGACAUCAAGGUUCAUGGAACGGAAAUACCUGAACCCAAGCUGACAAUAUCAGCAUUUAACAUCGAAAAGCCAAGUGUUGACCUAAAAGGUCCAUCUAUAGAUGUCAAUCGUAAAAAAAAUGAAAAUGUCACUUUACCAGAGGUCAAAAUGAACAUCCAACCACCAAGCAUUGAACUCAAAGUGCCUUCUGGUGAAGUUGAAAUGCCUGAGGGAGCUGCUACAGAAAUGGAUGUAAAAAUGAAAAAGCCCAGGAUGUCAUUUGGAUGGUUUUCAAAACCAGAAGCGAAAGCACCCGAGGUUGAUGUCAGUCUUACAAACGUGGAUUUUUCGCUUCCAGACGGAAAGGUGGAGGUCAAAGAGCCAGACGUGGAAAUGAAAUCUCCAGAUGUUCAAAUUGAAAUGAAACAUGAUAUUGAGCUUGAGGGACAAGGAAGUACAUUUAAAUUACCAAAAUUUGGACUCUCAUUGCCAAGAGUUAAAGGUCCUGAAAUUGGCUUAAGUCUGUCAAAGACAGAUGUAGAUGUCGACUUACCAGAGGGAAGAGCAGACCUCCAACUACCUGAUGGGGAAGUCGGAGUGCCCUCUGUUGAAGUUGAAAUACCAGAAGCAGGUUCUAAAGAUAUUGAUGUGAAAAUGAGAAAGCCAAGAAUGUCAUUCCCCAAAUUUGGAUUUUCAAAACCUGAAGUGAAAGCACCAGAGGUUGAUAUCAGUCUUCCAGAGGUGGAUAUUUCUCUUCCUGAGGGAAAGGUGGAGGUCAAAGAGCCAGAGGUGGAAAUGAAACCUCCAGAGAUUCAAGUUGAUGUGAAAGAUACCGUAGGCUCCCCCUCAAGAUUCAAAAUGCCAACUUUAAAAUUCCCUAAAUUUGGAGCAGCUUCUCCAAAUGUCACAAUAGAGGUACCUGAUUUGGACAAGGACAUCAAGGUUCAUGGAACGGAAAUACCUGAACCCAAGCUGACAAUAUCAGCAUUUAACAUCGAAAAGCCAAGUGUUGACCUAAAAGGUCCAUCUAUAGAUGUCAAUCGUAAAAAAAAUGAAAAUGUCACUUUACCAGAGGUCAAAAUGAACAUCCAACCACCAAGCAUUGAACUCAAAGUGCCUUCUGGUGAAGUUGAAAUGCCUGAGGGAGCUGCUACAGAAAUGGAUGUAAAAAUGCAAAAGCCCAGGAUGUCAUUUGGAUGGUUUUCAAAACCAGAAGCGAAAGCACCCGAGGUUGAUGUCAGUCUUACAAACGUGGAUUUUUCGCUUCCAGACGGAAAGGUGGAGGUCAAGGAGCCAGACGUGGAAAUGAAAUCUCCAGAUGUUCAAAUUGAAAUGAAACAUGAUAUUGAGCUUGAGGGACAAGGAAGUAAAUUUAAAUUACCAAAAUUUGGACUCUCAUUGCCAAGAGUUAAAGGUCCUGAAAUUGACUUAAGUCUGUCAAAGACAGAUGUAGAUGUCGACUUACCAGAGGGAAGAGCAGACCUCCAACUACCUGAUGGGGAAGUCGGAGUGCCCUCUGUUGAAGUUGAAAUACCAGAAGCAGGUUCUAAAGAUAUUGAUGUGAAAAUGAGAAAGCCAAGAAUGUCAUUCCCCAAAUUUGGAUUUUCAAAACCUGAAGUGAAAGCACCAGAGGUUGAUAUCAGUCUUCCAGAGGUGGAUAUUUCUCUUCCCGAGGGAAAGGUGGAGGUCAAAGAGCCAGAGGUGGAAAUGAAACCUCCAGAGAUUCAAGUUGAUGUGAAAGAUACCGUAGGCUCCCCCUCAAGAUUCAAAAUGCCAACUUUAAAAUUCCCUAAAUUUGGAGCAGCUUCUCCAAAUGUCACAAUAGAGGUACCUGAUUUGGACAAGGACAUCAAGGUUCAUGGAACUGAAAUACCUGAACCCAAGCUGACAAUAUCAGCAUUUAACAUCGAAAAGCCAAGUGUUGACCUAAAAGGUCCAUCUAUAGAUGUCAAUCGUAAAAAAAAUGAAAAUGUCACAUUACCAGAGGUCAAAAUGAACAUCCAACCACCAAUCAUUGAACUCAAAGUGCCUUCUGGUGAAGUUGAAAUGCCUGAGGGAGCUGCUACAGAAAUGGAUGUAAAAAUGAAAAAGCCCAGGAUGUCAUUUGGAUGGUUUUCAAAACCAGAAGCGAAAGCACCCGAGGUUGAUGUCAGUCUUACAAACGUGGAUUUUUCGCUUCCAGACGGAAAGGUGGAGGUCAAAGAGCCAGACGUGGAAAUUAAAUCUCCAGAUGUUCAAAUUGAAAUGAAACAUGAUAUUGAGCUUGAGGGACAAGGAAGUAAAUUUAAAUUACCAAAAUUUGGACUCUCAUUGCCAAGAGUUAAAGGUCCUGAAAUUGGCUUAAGUCUGUCAAAGACAGAUGUAGAUGUCGACUUACCAGAGGGAAGAGCAGACCUCCAACUACCUGAUGUGGAAGUCGGAGUGCCCUCUGUUGAAGUUGAAAUACCAGAAGCAGGUUCUAAAGAUAUUGAUGUGAAAAUGAGAAAGCCAAGAAUGUCAUUCCCCAAAUUUGGAUUUUCAAAACCUGAAGUGAAACCACCAGAGGUUGAUAUCAGUCUUCCAGAGGUGGAUAUUUCUCUUCCCGAGGGAAAGGUGGAGGUCAAAGAGCCAGAGGUUGAAAUGAAACCUCCAGAGAUUCAAGUUGAUGUGAAAGAUACCGUAGGCUCCCCCUCAAGAUUCAAAAUGCCAACUUUAAAAUUCCCUAAAUUUGGAGCAGCUUCUCCAAAUGUCACAAUAGAGGUACCUGAUUUGGACAAGGACAUCAAGGUUCAUGGAAUGGAAAUACCUGAACCCAAGCUGACAAUAUCAGCAUUUAACAUCGAAAAGCCAAGUGUUGACCUAAAAGGUCCAUCUAUAGAUGUCAAUCGUAAAAAAAAUGAAAAUGUCACUUUACCAGAGGUCAAAAUGAACAUCCAACCACCAAGCAUUGAACUCAAAGUGCCUUCUGGUGAAGUUGAAAUGCCUGAGGGAGCUGCUACAGAAAUGGAUGUAAAAAUGAAAAAGCCCAGGAUGUCAUUUGGAUGGUUUUCAAAACCAGAAGCGAAAGCACCCGAGGUUGAUGUCAGUCUUACAAACGUGGAUUUUUCGCUUCCAGACGGAAAGGUGGAGGUCAAAGAGCCAGACGUGGAAAUGAAAUCUCCAGAUGUUCAAAUUGAAAUGAAACAUGAUAUUGAGCUUGAGGGACAAGGAAGUAAAUUUAAAUUACCAAAAUUUGGACUCUCAUUGCCAAGAGUUAAAGGUCCUGAAAUUGGCUUAAGUCUGUCAAAGACAGAUGUAGAUGUCGACUUACCAGAGGGAAGAGCAGACCUCCAACUACCUGAUGUGGAAGUCGGAGUGCCCUCUGUUGAAGUUGAAAUACCAGAAGCAGGUUCUAAAGAUAUUGAUGUGAAAAUGAGAAAGCCAAGAAUGUCAUUCCCCAAAUUUGGAUUUUCAAAACCUGAAGUGAAAGCACCAGAGGUUGAUAUCAGUCUUCCAGAGGUGGAUAUUUCUCUUCCCGAGGGAAAGGUGGAGGUCAAAGAGCCAGAGGUGGAAAUGAAACCUCCAGAGAUUCAAGUUGAUGUGAAAGAGACCGUAGGCUCCCCCUCAAGAUUCAAAAUGCCAACUUUAAAAUUCCCUAAAUUUGGAGCAGCUUCUCCAAAUGUCACAAUAGAGGUACCUGAUUUGGACAAGGACAUCAAGGUUCAUGGAACUGAAAUACCUGAACCCAAGCUGACAAUAUCAGCAUUUAACAUCGAAAAGCCAAGUGUUGACCUAAAAGGUCCAUCUAUAGAUGUCAAUCGUAAAAAAAAUGAAAAUGUCACUUUACCAGAGGUCAAAAUGAACAUCCAACCACCAAGCAUUGAACUCAAAGUGCCUUCUGGUGAAGUUGAAAUGCCUGGGGGAGCUGCUACAGAAAUGGAUGUAAAAAUGAAAAAGCCCAGGAUGUCAUUUGGAUGGUUUUCAAGACCAGAAGCGAAAGCACCCGAGGUUGAUGUCAGUCUUACAAACGUGGAUUUUUCGCUUCCAGACGGAAAGGUGGAGGUCAAAGAGCCAGACGUGGAAAUUAAAUCUCCAGAUGUUCAAAUUGAAAUGAAACAUGAUAUUGAGCUUGAGGGACAAGGAAGUAAAUUUAAAUUACCAAAAUUUGGACUCUCAUUGCCAAGAGUUAAAGGUCCUGAAAUUGACUUAAGUCUGUCAAAGACAGAUGUAGAUGUCGACUUACCAGAGGGAAGAGCAGACCUCCAACUACCUGAUGUGGAAGUCGGAGUGCCCUCUGUUGAAGUUGAAAUACCAGAAGCAGGUUCUAAAGAUAUUGAUGUGAAAAUGAGAAAGCCAAGAAUGUCAUUCCCCAAAUUUGGAUUUUCAAAACCUGAAGUGAAAGCACCAGAGGUUGAUAUCAGUCUUCCAGAGGUGGAUAUUUCUCUUCCCGAGGGAAAGGUGGAGGUCAAAGAGCCAGAGGUGGAAAUGAAACCUCCAGAGAUUCAAGUUGAUGUGAAAGAGACCGUAGGCUCCCCCUCAAGAUUCAAAAUGCCAACUUUAAAAUUCCCUAAAUUUGGAGCAGCUUCUCCAAAUGUCACAAUAGAGGUACCUGAUUUGGACAAGGACAUCAAGGUUCAUGGAACUGAAAUACCUGAACCCAAGCUGACAAUAUCAGCAUUUAACAUCGAAAAGCCAAGUGUUGACCUAAAAGGUCCAUCUAUAGAUGUCAAUCGUAAAAAAAAUGAAAAUGUCACUUUACCAGAGGUCAAAAUGAACAUCCAACCACCAAGCAUUGAACUCAAAGUGCCUUCUGGUGAAGUUGAAAUGCCUGAGGGAGCUGCUACAGAAAUGGAUGUAAAAAUGAAAAAGCCCAGGAUGUCAUUUGGAUGGUUUUCAAAACCAGAAGCGAAAGCACCCGAGGUUGAUGUCAGUCUUACAAACGUGGAUUUUUCGCUUCCAGACGGAAAGGUGGAGGUCAAAGAGCCAGACGUGGAAAUUAAAUCUCCAGAUGUUCAAAUUGAAAUGAAACAUGAUAUUGAGCUUGAGGGACAAGGAAGUAAAUUUAAAUUACCAAAAUUUGGACUCUCAUUGCCAAGAGUUAAAGGUCCUGAAAUUGACUUAAGUCUGUCAAAGACAGAUGUAGAUGUCGACUUACCAGAGGGAAGAGCAGACCUCCAACUACCUGAUGUGGAAGUCGGAGUGCCCUCUGUUGAAGUUGAAAUACCAGAAGCAGGUUCUAAAGAUAUUGAUGUGAAAAUGAGAAAGCCAAGAAUGUCAUUCCCCAAAUUUGGAUUUUCAAAACCUGAAGUGAAAGCACCAGAGGUUGAUAUCAGUCUUCCAGAGGUGGAUAUUUCUCUUCCUGAGGGAAAGGUGGAGGUCAAAGAGCCAGAGGUGGAAAUGAAACCUCCAGAGAUUCAAGUUGAUGUGAAAGAUACCGUAGGCUCCCCCUCAAGAUUCAAAAUGCCAACCUUAAAAUUCCCUAAAUUUGGAGCAGCUUCUCCAAAUGUCACAAUAGAGGUACCUGAUUUGGACAAGGACAUCAAGGUUCAUGGAACUGAAAUACCUGAACCCAAGCUGACAAUAUCAGCAUUUAACAUCGAAAAGCCAAGUGUUGACCUAAAAGGUCCAUCUAUAGAUGUCAAUCGUAAAAAAAAUGAAAAUGUCACUUUACCAGAGGUCAAAAUGAACAUCCAACCACCAAGCAUUGAACUCAAAGUGCCUUCUGGUGAAGUUGAAAUGCCUGAGGGAGCUGCUACAGAAAUGGAUGUAAAAAUGAAAAAGCCCAGGAUGUCAUUUGGAUGGUUUUCAAAACCAGAAGCGACAGCACCCGAGGUUGAUGUCAGUCUUACAAACGUGGAUUUUUCGCUUCCAGACGGAAAGGUGGAGGUCAAAGAGCCAGACGUGGAAAUUAAAUCUCCAGAUGUUCAAAUUGAAAUGAAACAUGAUAUUGAGCUUGAGGGACAAGGAAGUAAAUUUAAAUUACCAAAAUUUGGACUCUCAUUGCCAAGAGUUAAAGGUCCUGAAAUUGGCUUAAGUCUGUCAAAGACAGAUGUAGAUGUCGACUUACCAGAGGGAAGAGCAGACCUCCAACUACCUGAUGUGGAAGUCGGAGUGCCCUCUGUUGAAGUUGAAAUACCAGAAGCAGGUUCUAAAGAUAUUGAUGUGAAAAUGAGAAAGCCAAGAAUGUCAUUCCCCAAAUUUGGAUUUUCAAAACCUGAAGUGAAACCACCAGAGGUUGAUAUCAGUCUUCCAGAGGUGGAUAUUUCUCUUCCUGAGGGAAAGGUGGAGGUCAAAGAGCCAGAGGUGGAAAUGAAACCUCCAGAGAUUCAAGUUGAUGUGAAAGAUACCGUAGGCUCCCCCUCAAGAUUCAAAAUGCCAACCUUAAAAUUCCCUAAAUUUGGAGCAGCUUCUCCAAAUGUCACAAUAGAGGUACCUGAUUUGGACAAGGACAUCAAGGGUCAUGGAACCGAAAUACCUGAACCCAAGCUGACAAUAUCAGCAUUUAACAUCGAAAAGCCAAGUGUUGAACUUAAAGGUCCAUAUAUAGAUGUCAAUCGUAAAAAAAAUGAAAAUGUCACUUUACCAGAGGUCAAAAUGAACGUCCAACCACCAAGCAUUGAACUCAAAGUGCCUUCUGGUGAAGUUGAAAUGCCCGAGGGAGCUGCUACAGAAAUGGAUGUAAAAAUGAAAAAGCCCAGGAUGUCAUUUGGAUGGUUUUCAAAACCAGAAGCGAAAGCACCCGAGGUUGAUGUCAGUCUUACAAACGUGGAUUUUUCGCUUCCAGACGGAAAGGUGGAGGUCAAAGAGCCAGACGUGGAAAUGAAAUCUCCAGAUGUUCAAAUUGAAAUGAAACAUGAUAUUGAGCUUGAGGGACAAGGAAGUAAAUUUAAAUUACCAAAAUUUGGACUCUCAUUGCCCAGAGUUAAAGGUCCUGAAAUUGGCUUAAGUCUGUCAAAGACAGAUGUAGAUGUCGACUUACCAGAGGGAAGAGCAGACCUCCAACUACCUGAUGUGGAAGUCGGAGUGCCCUCUGUUGAAGUUGAAAUACCAGAAGCAGGUUCUAAAGAUAUUGAUGUGAAAAUGAGAAAGCCAAGAAUGUCAUUCCCCAAAUUUGGAUUUUCAAAACCUGAAGUGAAAGCACCAGAGGUUGAUAUCAGUCUUCCAGAGGUGGAUAUUUCUCUUCCCGAGGGAAAGGUGGAGGUCAAAGAGCCAGAGGUGGAAAUGAAACCUCCAGAGAUUCAAGUUGAUGUGAAAGAUACCGUAGGCUCCCCCUCAAGAUUCAAAAUGCCAACUUUAAAAUUCCCUAAAUUUGGAGCAGCUUCUCCAAAUGUCACAAUAGAGGUACCUGAUUUGGACAAGGACAUCAAGGUUCAUGGAACUGAAAUACCUGAACCCAAGCUGACAAUAUCAGCAUUUAACAUCGAAAAGCCAAGUGUUGACCUUAAAGGUCCAUCUAUAGAUGUCAAUCGUAAAAAAAAUGAAAAUGUCACUUUACCAGAGGUCAAAAUGAACGUCCAACCACCAAGCAUUGAACUCAAAGUGCCUUCUGGUGAAGUUGAAAUGCCUGAGGGAGCUGCUACAGAAAUGGAUGUAAAAAUGAAAAAGCCCAGGAUGUCAUUUGGAUGGUUUUCAAAACCAGAUGUGAAAGCACUUGAGGUAGAUGUCAGUCUUACAAAGGUGGAUUUAUCUCUUCCUGAAGGAAAGGUGGUCAAAGAGUCAUAUGUAGAAAUGAAAGCUCCAGAGAGUCAAGUUGAAAUGAAAAAUGAAGGUUUUUCAGUUGAUGGAACACCAAACAUAGAGGAUAAAAUAAUUGAAACGGGGGUGAAGAAACCGCUGAUAACCUUUCCAAAAAUAGUUUUUUCAAGGUCUGAAAUUACAGCUCCUGAGAUUGUGAUUCCUCCAAAAGUGGACAUUUCACUCCAAGAGGGAAAAGAGUUCAAAGUGCCUGAAGUGAAAAUUGAAGCUCCAGAGAUUGAAGUUGACGUAAAAGAAGCAGUUGGCUCCCCCUCAAGAUUCAAAAUGCCAACAUUCAAAUUGCCUACAUUUGGUUCAACUUCAAAGGUGGCAGUAGAUGUCUCUGAUAAAGAGAAGGUUAUUGAAGUACCUGGUGUAGAAAUUCUAGAUCAAGUACUAGGAGCUUCCUUUCCAGUUGAUUUGACAGAACCCGGGGAUACAGUUGACAUUAAAGGAUGUAGUGAAGUUCAUCUACAUGUUGCUGGAUCUGCAGGGCCCUCAGUUGAAGAAGGAAUGACAAUAGCUGAUGUGGAUGUUCAUGGUGUUGACAGUUCAGAACUGACAAUUGAUGAUAAAGGCCAUGGCUUACCCAGCAAAGGUCAAGGCUCACCAAGUAAAUUCAAACUUCCGACCUUCAAAAUGCCCAAAUUGAGCAUUUCAAAAUCCAAACGACAGAAUGAACAUGAACAUGAUGAUAUAAGUCCAAAUAUUAUUUUGGAGAAUAAUGAAAUUCAUGUGAAACCACAAGGACCAGAGAUUUCACCAAAGUUGACUUUGACAUCAUUUGGGGAGGUAUUAAGAAGCAUUGAUGUUGAAUUUUAUGUCCCUGCAUUAGAGGAAGUGGAAGAAAAGCUCACAGGCUCAAGGGAAGGACCCAGUGCUGAAACCCAGUCUAUCCAAGAAGAGGAAGAAGCGAAAGAAAAAUCCAAAUUGGUUUGGUUUAAGUUUCCUACAUUUGGACUAUCUUCUCCUUCAGAAUCUGCCAAAAUUUUAGAAAAAGAUACUUCUAAGAAAGAAGCAAGUGAGAACAGCCCUGCAGGUGACUCUGUGGAACAAGAUUCCAGCUUGACCUUCUCAGUGCGGUCAUCGGAUGCUUUUGCAGAUAUCAGUUCUACAGUCACAAGCGAACAAGUUGCUCCAUCAUUGGCCUCUCCAACCAAAGUCACAGUGAAAUACUCUGACCCUAUUGCCACUGAGAUACAAGGUAAUAUCAUUACCUCCACAGCAAGGACAAAAAUUAUCUCUUUUGAACCCUACUUGGCAGAGAAGGUCACCAUUCCAAUGUCCUCUGGAGCUUCCUCCUCAUCAGUGGACACCCUAAAACUGGAGUCUGGUACACAUGUCAUCACAUCCAAUAUACAAGCAAUACCAGACACACAGAAAGCCACGCUCUUAACAGAUUUUGGAUUGCAGACAGGGACCGCCGGAGCUUCCUCUGCAUCUUGGUCAGUGGACAACACCAACAAAAUACAGAGUGAUGGGCAAACAGUCAUUAAGAGGCAUGUAAUUAGGGAAAUGUCAGGCACUGACAAGGAAAAGGUUGUCAUAACUCGAAGAGUUACACAUGUGUUUGGGGCUGAGCCCAUCUCAGAUGAAACCGCCUCAUCUAUCAAACAGAUGAAAGAAACUAUGCAUUCUGAAAAAAUGAAAUUCUUCGAUGGGGCUGAAUUGGAGUGAUUUGGAGGAAUAUUAUAAAUCCCUCAAUUGAGAAGUAAUAUCAGUCAUAUUAUUAUUGUGCUCUUAAUAAUUAAUUGUGCUUUAAUUUAUGACAGAGUUUUGAUAUAUACAGUUAAAUGUUUUGAUUGUUUACUUAGUACACACUAAAUAUAAAUAUAAAUAUACACAAGUGAUACAGGUAGGGAUAUUAAUGCCAAAAUUGUCACUUUAUUGUAAUUACUACCAUUGAGACCAUUUGACUGAAUUUGCUGUUUUAACACAUGUCUGCAGGUUGUCCUGCUGUACAUAUAAUGAAGAGAAACCUGUUAAUCCACUGCCAUAUACAUUGAUAAAUUACCUCCGAUUUCUGCUCUUUAUUCCACUUCUGGGAAGCAAUAUAUAAAUAUAAGGAAUCAAUGAUUAUGUCUCUGAAAAUAUGUUUACAAUUAUUUCACUGUAAAACCAUACAAAAUACUUAAUGAGUAUGUAGUGAUAUAAAUACAAACCAUGCAACAUUAAUAGAACAAAAACACACAACACAUAAGGAAGAAUUGCAAUCUGAACACUUAUUACCAUGAAAUAAAUAUAUGUUGCUAAAAUGUAAUGCUUGUAAUCAUAGUAAAAAAGAAAGAAAAAUAUAUUGAUGCAACUAUAUUUUGAUUAGUAUUAUGCAUAGAUUUAAUUUUCCAUAAUGUAUACUGUACCUAACAAAAACAUUUCUGGAUUUGUGUAUAGUUGGAAAAUUGAAAAUGCCUAUGUAUAUACUUGAUUUUGAUCACUUCUUUUGCAGAGUUACUUUGAUUGUUGCUCUUAUUCUCCACUGAUGUAAUACAUGUAUUAGCAAAACUAUACAUAAUAAAUCUUCUAAAAUAUUAA